GCCAUGGUUUCACUUGUUUGUGGGUUUGUGUACCCUCUUUUGUCUGGUCCAGAGAGUGAGACUUGGGUUGGAUAGGGAGGCCCAUUGUGUCAGAGGGAUGUUUGUCAAUGAGAGAUGCACACAGAGCACAAAGCCAUUGGACUAAUCGCUAAUCUCUCCGAUUAAUACGAUGGAUAUGCCUAUGCUAGAAUAUUAAUGACUUAUGUGCUUUAAGACGGGGAGUCUUAAGGUUGUCUUUGGCGCAGGCAUCUAUAGAAAACCAGCUUUUCUUCCUAGUUGACCUGGUUGGAUUGUAUUUGUAGAUCUGUGGAUAUUUCAUUCUUUUUGUAUUCUUACGGAUAAGGCAUAGUGUAGUGCACGUUUGGUACAUUUUGGUGUGUUCAUUUGUUUGGCUAACAUGCACAUGCCUGUGUCCGACGUCCCGGCCUCACCGAGGCUGGCACUAGAUUGUGGCACUCUUCUGGAUCAUCGUGUUGGCAAGGGGGUUUGUGGUUGUUGCGGGGCUCUCAGGCCUCGCUACAAGAGACUGGUGGACAACAUCUUCCCCGAAGACCCAGAGGAUGGACUGGUGAAGGCCAACAUGGAGAAGCUGACAUUUUACGCCCUGUCGGCGCCAGAGAAGCUGGACCGUAUCGGAGCGUACCUGUCUGAAAGGCUGUCAAGAGAUGUGGCCCGCCACAGAUACGGUUACGUAUGCAUAGCCAUGGAAGCCCUGGACCAGCUUCUGAUGGCCUGCCACUGCCAGAGCAUCAACUUAUUUGUGGAGAGCUUCCUCAAGAUGGUCCGUAAGCUGCUUGAGUCCGAUAAACCCAGUCUACAGAUCUUGGGAACCAACUCUUUUGUUAAGUUUGCCAACAUAGAGGAGGACACGCCCUCCUACCACCGCAGUUAUGACUUCUUUGUGUCACGCUUCAGUGAGAUGUGCCACUCCGGAUACGAAGACCCUGAUAUACGCACCAAGAUCCGCAUGGCAGGCAUCAAGGGUCUCCAGGGCGUGGUGAGGAAGACUGUGAAUGACGAGCUUCAAGCCAACAUCUGGGACCCUCAGCACAUGGACAAGAUUGUCCCGUCUCUUCUGUUUAACCUGCAGAGUGGAGAGCGCACAGAGAGUCGCUCCCCUUCUCCGCUGCAGGCGUCGGCCAAGGAGAAAGAAAGCCCAGUGGAGCUGACCGAGCGCUGCUUCAGGGAGCUGCUGGGACGAGCCGCCUAUGGAAACAUUAAGAAUGCUGUCACCCCUGUGCUCAUGCACUUGGACAAUCAUUCUCUCUGGCAGGGAAAGACCUUCGCUGUGCGGUGCUUUAAAAUCAUCAUGUACUCCAUUCAGUCGCAGCACUCUCACUUGGUCAUCCAACAACUUCUUGGUCAUCUGGAUGCCAACAGCAAGAAUUCAGCCACCAUUCGAGCCGGAAUAGUUGAAGUUUUGCUGGAGGCGGCCGCCAUCGCAGCCAGCGGCUCCGUAGGCCCCACCGUGCUGGAGGUGUUCAACACUCUCCUGAGACAGCUCCGUCUGAGCGUGGACUACGAGUUUACCGGCUCCUAUGACGGCAGCACCAACAUUGGCACCAAGAUUAUUAAAGCUCACGAGGAGAGGCAGCUACAAGAGGCUGUCAUCAGAACCAUUGGUUCAUUUGCCAACACUUUACCAACCUACCAGAGGUCAGAGGUCAUGCUUUUCAUUAUGGGGAAGAUCCCCGUUCCAGGUGUUCACCCGCUGCUACCUUCUACAGGCUCUGGGCCUGAGGGUACCAGGAUGAUUCAGGUUAUGUUGCUUAAGUCCUUGGUUCAGGUGACUGCAGGUUUCCAGACCACCAAUAUGCUCACAGCUCUUCCCAGUUCUUUCCUGGAGCCUCUGCUGUCUUUCUCACUAACUGAGGACCCAGAGGUCCGACUGCUGGUGCUCCAGAUACUUCUUAGCCUCAUUGACAGGCACGACAACAGGCCCAAAUUCUCCAACAUUAGCAUUAUUACGGACAUCUCUGUGUUGAAACUCAAAGUUGAUAAGUGUUCCAGACAGGACAACCUGUUUAUGAAAAAGCAUGGCCAGCAGCUGUACAGACAUAUCUACCUGGGCUGCAAAGAGCAGAGCAGCGGCCGGCAGCACUACGAGAGCCUCUUUGCCUUGCUCGGUCUUCUCAGUGUUGAGCUCGCCAAUGAAGAAGUGGUUGUAGACCUCAUUCGCCUGGCGCUGGCUCUACAGGACCUGGCUCUGUCCACCGAUGAGGCGCUUCCAAUUUAUAACCGUUGUGCAGUUCACGCACUCGCCGCUGCCUACCUCAACCUCAUCUGCCAGCUUACCACUGUCCCCGCCUUCUGCCAGCACAUACACGAGGUAAUCGAGGUGAGACAGAAGGAAAGUCCUUACCUGUUGCCUGAGGAUGUCUUCAUCGAUAUACCCAGGCUACCCACCUCGCUUGACAAAGUAGAUAGUGAGUUGUUGUUCCUCCAGUCAAAGAUCACAGAAGUCCUCGGGGGCAGCGGCUACAACACAGAUCGACUGGCGACCCCUUAUGUCCCGCAAUACACUGAUGAGGACCGUCUGUCCAAAAGAAAAAGCAUUGGAGAAACGAUUUCACUGCAGGUUGAAGUGGAGUCCCGAAACAGUCCGGAGAAGGAGGAGCGGACUCCAGCUGAGGAGAUCACUUUCGAAACGCUGAAAAACGCCAUUGUGGACAGUGUGGGCAUGGAGGAGCAAGAGCGAGAGCGGAGGAGGCAAGUGGUGGAAAAGUUCCAGAAAGCUCCCUUUGAGGAGAUAGCUGCCCACUGCGGGGCUCGGGCCACGCUGCUGCAGAGCAAACUGAACCAGAUCUUUGAGAUUACAAUCAGACCCCCUCCCAGCCCAUCUGGAACCAUUUCAUCCGGUUAUGGCCAAAGCCAGACUCGAUCCGUGCCCAUCUACGAGAUGAAGUUUCCCGACCUUUGUGUGUAUUAGCCAGCAAGGUUGCUGCACUGUUUAUCCUCCUCGGGGAGGGAAAACGCAACUGGGGAUAAUUGGGGGAGGGGCAACAACAACAGCUGCUGUAAGCCAAAACUCUUAAGAACAAGCCACAUUUUUGUUGACCAGGGAGUGUGAUUGCACUUGAAGCGAAUGAGCUCUUCAUUAGGAAUGUUUCUCGGACAAUCUAUUUCCGUCUGCACUGAUUUUUGUUACGCCUUUUUUUUGUUUUUUUGCCAAAAGUGCUUUCCUCUCCCAAUUAUUACUAUUGUACUAGUCCGAUAAAAACUCCCUAAACUAAACAGUAGGUGUUCUAUGGUGUUUAUGUCCAUAAUGUUGUCCCUCCUGUAUAAAUGUGUAUAUAAAGAGGAUAUAUAUGUGUAUAUACAAAUCUUUAAGCUCUUGUACAGUCAAGAGGUGUGUGUGCAGAUAUAUAUAUAUGGCCAAUAAUGCGCUGGAAAGUUCUUAAGAUAUACAAUUUCUUCCCUAUUGAAUAACCAGCAAUGAAUUCAACUACAGAAAGACCAGACGGCCGCCCUCAUUAAAUCUCAAAUCCACAUUAAUUAAUAAUCAACUUUAGAGACAAGUCCUGCUUUUGAUUUGUGUUGUUGCCAUAGCAUCCUGAGAGUUGAGUGUGCCCGCCCCCGAGUGAGCACUCGUCUCGCUCAGCAUCUAUAAGCCAUCUUGAGUGUGUACAAAAACACACUCGCACAUUCACACAAGUAAAAAAAAAAACGGCAAUAAAUUAACACUUGCUUGGCCAACAACUGUCGGGAGCAGUUGAUGUAUGUGUUUGAAUUGUGUGUGUGUGUGUGUGUGUUUCCAAGAGUCCAGCCACAAGCUCUUUGUUGUGGUGCUGUGAUGCUCCAACGUUUUAUUAUCCUCUGCUUCUGUGAAUGAAUUGCGUUACGAAAAACACAUUCUGGUGCCCUAGAUGGUUUGUCUCUAUGACUGUCAUGUAAUUUUCUUUUUUUAAUCUGUGUUGACUUCACGCUAGUGUUGUCCUUUUGUCAACGUCGUCACAUGUUACCGUAGCUUAUUUGUGCACGAAUGAACCCCUUGACUUGAAGUAUUUAUCUUCUUGUGUUUUAACCUUCAUGCGUUUGUCUCUUUGUUGUCAUGACCUUUCUGUCUUAUGACUCUUGUCAUCGGGGUUGUUUUUAUUAUUGGAGUACAAGCCUAUAAGCUGCUGAACUAUGUGAUUUUUCUCGUAUCAUAAGUGGCAGUGAUCCCAUCUGACUUUUUGUCUGGUUUUACUCGUAGGUCAAAAAUGCUCAUUCUGUGAACCCUGCACUUUAAAACAAAACUGGAUGAUCUAGUGACAAAGGCAGCUUUUUGGAAUUUGGAUGAAAAGAAAAGCCUUAUCGGUGUCCUAACUGCAUGCAUCGUGAUGUUAUACCUUGUUGUACAAUAAAGUCUCCCCUAAGU